UCUCGCUUUGGCCUUGGAGCGGCCUCAGCGAACCCGCCUCUUCGGGCUGUAGAGACAGACCGAUUCAAUCGAGUGUGGUCUCACUGAGGAUCCUAUCUGAAAGCGUUCCGGAUGGAUAUCAAAACUGAAGGCGGAGCCGACCGGUGGGGUAACAUCAGACCUCGCCUUCUCGGCUACAGGGCUUGAGACCUGAAGCUGGAGAACGCGAUGGUGCAGCAGAGACUGGCUCUUUUUUCGUCUUGGGCCAGUGGCCGCCGCUGAAUGAAGUGGUGAUGGGAGGAGCAGGCAAAGCCAAACGCAGAAGGGGCGGAGCCAUGACUCCAAGGUUCUGGGCCUAUUCUCUGCCCUCUGGUCGCGCUUAGCGACUUUGAAAAAUGGGGAGAAACUAUCCAGGCUUUUACUGUCUCGUGUGUAGUAGGUGCCCAGUAAUUUGUUGAAUGAAUUGAAUGGGCGAAGCUAGAAUUUUUCUUCCUUCAUCAAGCAAAAUUGCCCAAACCCUCAUUCCUGGUUAGUUGUCAAGUACAGGACUGUCCAGCCCCUUCCACUCCCAGACGAUUUGGAAAAGGUUUGCAUCUUUAGGGGAGAGGCGUAGAGGGCGCUGAAAAGGACUAUCUUCCCAGCUGGGUCCCUUUCUUUUCCCCAGGAGGUCUAGAGUCCUGAGAACAAUGAGUGCUCAGCCCAGCCCACCAGGAGUACCGCUUCUGGGCUGACCUGGGGAUUAAGCUGUGGGGUUUGGGGCUGGGCCCGCCCUGGGGCAGUGAUGCCCCAGAACUCCAGGCUCAGACUCUGGGCCACCCUCUCACCGCGUCCACAGUUCCUGGUUCCAGGGUCCGCUCCGGGGAACCUCCAGAGUAGUGCUUUCCCCAUCAUCCAUUGGUGGGGAGAGUAUGAAGGACGCUGAGGGCUACUGCUGUCGCCGAGAGCUGCACCCCAACAGGGCUGCGCUCUCCCUUCGUGCAACCGCUUCACCUGCCUCUGCAUAACGAAAACUGCUUCCCAUCCAUUUUUUCAUCAGGGUCGGGCACUUCUGCAAGCUGAGCUGGGCCCAGCCUCUUCCCUGCCUUUCCUCGGCCCCAGCUCCAGGCGAGCAGCGGCCUGUCUGAAGAGCAUGCUGCCCCCUCACUCCCCGCCUGGCCUUGCCAUCCCUGCCCCCCCAGCCUGACCCCCGGCCCCAGCAUGGCCCAAGGUGCCAUGCGCUUCUGCUCCGAGGGCGACUGUGCCAUCUCCCCACCACGAUGCCCGCGCCGCUGGCUCCCCGAAGGCCCAGUGCCACAAAGCCCCCCAGCCAGCAUGUAUGGCAGUACAGGCUCCCUGCUACGGCGGGUGGCAGGGCCAGGUCCCCGAGGCCGGGAACUGGGACGUGUGACAGCACCCUGUACACCCCUGCGUGGUCCCCCCUCACCCCGUGUUCCUCCUUCACCCUGGUCACCCUCUUCACCCACUGGGCAGCCCCCACCAGGGGCCCGGAGCUCUGUGGUCAUAUUCCGCUUUGUGGAGAAGGCCAGUGUGAGGCCAUUAAAUGGGCUACCUGCUCCCGGAGGCUUGAGUCGGAGCUGGGACCUGGGUGGGGUCUCUCCUCCCAGGCCCACUCCAGCCCUUGGGCCUGGCUCCAACCGGAAGUUGCGGCUAGAGGCAUCCACAUCAGACCCACUCCCAGCCAGAGGAGGCUCAGCUCUGCCUGGUAGCCAGGGCCUUAUACAUGGGCCACCAGCCCAACCUCAGGUUGGGGCAGAUGGCCUUUACUCCUCUCUCCCCAAUGGGCUGGGGGGACCUUCUGAGCACCUGGCCAAGCUAUUCCCAGGACCUGCUGACACUGGACUCCUGAACCAGGGGGACACCUGGUCCUCCCCCCGGGAAGUUUCCUCUCAUGCCCAGAAAAUUGCUCGAGCCAAAUGGGAAUUCUUCUAUGGCUCCCUGGACCCCCCAAGCUCAGGUGCUAAGCCCCUGGAGCAGGCCCCCCCAUCUCCACCUGGGGUGGGCUCAGGGCAGGGCUCUGGGGUGGCUGUGGGGCGAGCAGCCAAGUACUCCGAGACGGACCUGGACACGGUGCCCCUGAGGUGCUACCGCGAGACCGACAUCGAUGAGGUGCUGGCUGAGCGGGAAGAGGCUGACUCGGCCAUCGAGAGUCAGCCCAGCUCUGAGGGCCCACCUGGCACUGCCCGCCCACCUGCUCCACGUGCCAGCCCAUGUCUUGGCCCUUGUCCCAGCCUGGGCAGUGGCGAUGAGGACGAGGAUGAGGCAGGUGGGGAAGAGGAUGUGGACGAUGAGGUGUUUGAGGCCUCGGAGGGGACCCGGCCAGGCACCCGGAUGCCUCACCCUGGGCCUCUCAAGUCGCCCCUGCCCUUUCUGCCUGGGACCAGCCCCUCGGCUGACGGGCCUGACUCUUUCAGUUGUGUGUUUGAAGCCAUCUUGGAGUCACACCGGGCCAAGGGCACCUCCUACACCAGCCUCGCCUCCCUGGAGGCCCUGGCCUCACCUGGCCCAACCCAGAGCCCCUUCUUCACCUUUGAGCUGCCUCCCCAACCCCCUGCUCCCCGGCCUGACCCACCUGCUCCCGCCCCACUUGCACCUCUUGAGCCAGAUUCUGGUACCAGCUCUGCUGCUGAUGGGCCUUGGACACAGAGAGGGGAGGAAGAAGAGGCAGAGGCUGGAGCCAAGCAGGCCCCAGGGAAGGAGCCCCCUAGUCCCUGCCACUCGGAGGACAGCUUUGGGCUGGGGGCGGCACCUCUGGGCAGUGAACCACCGUUGAGCCAGCUGGUGUCUGACUCGGACUCAGAGCUGGACAGCACAGAGCGGCUGGCCCUGGGAAGCACAGACACCUUGUCCAAUGGGCAGAAAGCCGACCUGGAGGCUGCACAGCGCCUAGCUAAGAGGCUAUACCGACUAGACGGCUUCAGGAAGGCUGAUGUGGCCCGGCACCUGGGCAAGAACAAUGACUUCAGCAAACUUGUGGCUGGCGAGUACCUCAAGUUCUUUGUCUUCACGGGCAUGACUCUGGACCAAGCUCUCAGGGUGUUUCUGAAGGAGCUGGCCUUAAUGGGUGAGACCCAGGAACGGGAGCGCGUGCUGGCCCACUUCUCCCAGAGAUACUUCCAGUGCAAUCCAGGAGCCCUGUCCUCAGAGGACGGUGCGCACACGCUGACCUGCGCCCUCAUGCUACUCAACACUGAUCUCCACGGCCAUAACAUUGGGAAGCGCAUGACCUGUGGAGACUUCAUCGGGAACCUGGAGGGCCUCAAUGAAGGCGGAGACUUCCCCAGGGAGCUGCUCAAGGCCUUGUACAGCUCCAUCAAGAAUGAAAAGCUGCAGUGGGCCAUAGACGAGGAGGAGCUGAGACGCUCUCUGUCUGAGUUGGCCGACCCCAACCCCAAGGUCAUCAAGCGGGUCAGCGGGGGCAGUGGCAGCGGCUCCAGCCCUUUCCUGGACCUGACUCCUGAACCCGGGGCUGCAGUCUACAAGCACGGGGCCCUGGUGCGAAAGGUGCACGCAGACCCUGACUGCAGGAAGACACCUCGGGGCAAGCGGGGCUGGAAGAGCUUCCACGGGAUCCUCAAGGGCAUGAUCCUCUACCUGCAGAAGGAGGAGUACCAGCCUGGGAAGGCCCUAUCAGAGGCAGAGCUAAAGAAUGCCAUCAGCAUCCACCACGCGCUGGCCACACGUGCCAGCGACUACAGCAAGAGGCCCCAUGUCUUCUACCUGCGCACAGCUGAUUGGCGGGUCUUCCUCUUUCAGGCCCCGAGCCUGGAGCAGAUGCAGUCCUGGAUCACUCGCAUCAAUGUGGUGGCUGCCAUGUUCUCUGCACCCCCCUUCCCAGCUGCUGUUAGCUCCCAGAGGAAGUUCAGCCGCCCUCUGCUGCCCAGCGCUGCCACCCGCCUCUCCCAGGAGGAGCAGGUGCGGACCCAUGAGGCCAAGCUGAAGGCCAUGGCAAGUGAGUUGCGAGAGCACCGGGCUGCGCAACUGGGCAGGAAGGCCCGAGGCAAGGAGGCUGAGGAGCAGCGGCAGAAGGAGGCCUACCUGGAGUUUGAGAAAUCCCGCUAUGGCACAUACGCAGCGCUGCUUCGGGUCAAGCUGAAGGCGGGCAGUGAAGAGCUGGAUGCAGUAGAGGCAGCACUGGCCCAGGCCGGGAGCACAGAGGAUGGACUCCCUCCACCUCACUCCAGUCCCUCCCUGCAGCCCAACCCUGCCAGCCAGCCCCGGGCUCAGUGUCAUGGCUCAGAGCCUCGUGGAGGGGCGAUCAGUGGGCGGUGGAAGCUCUGAGUUGAGGGUAGGAGUGUGGGGGUUUGGCGCCCACUGGGCACCUGCAUGACAUAGCCUUGCCUGAGCCCGGGCCGGCCUCGGGCCGCCCACGAGGGGCCCCCGGCCCAGGGCCCGACCGCGCCGGACGCGGUGUCCGGGGCAGCGCAGGGCUAGGGCGUGGGCCUCAGGAGCCUAGGCCAGGGGCCCCUCUGAGACCCCCAUUUUGUGAUAAUGUUUUGCACUUUUUCGUACGGGGGCUGGGGUGGGAGGGGCCAGGGCCCCUUGGACUUU